UCGGUUUAUGGUUACUUAGUCACAGCGUUUUGCAUUUUGUACAUGGAUCAGUAUUAAAAACAUAGAGAUCUGAGUCACCCAGGGCUGGUUGUGGUUAGUUAGUGUCAGUCACUGUAACAGUUCCUCUUCAAACUUAACUUUGGCUUUAUUUUGCUCUGCUAAACCUGACCUCACACAUCAGGAUGGAUCAUCAUGAUUGGCAGCGCAGUAGAAGUAGGGGCCACCGGCGCUAUGAUGAUGAUGAUGAUUCCCAGCCAGUGUACAUCGGUGUCCCGGCUUCCCAUAGACGUAAAAGGCGCAGGCAUCAUUCCUACAAUAAUGACAGCAACCGUGAAAGACGACGCUCUGAUCACCACUCACACCACGAACACUCACACCGGGGCUAUUACCAUGACAGAGAUGAGCACUAUGAGGAUGAGGAGGGAAGUGCAGAGCAUCACGCGCACUCUGACCCCACAGUGUCUCCUGCAGCAGAACGGUUGCGCCACAUCCUGGGGGACGAUGACAGCACCCCGACACCCACAAUAUUCACUGAGAUGGACACACUGCAACAUGAGGGGGAUGAACUGGAGUGGAAAGAGUCUGCUAGGUGGGUGAAGUUUGAGGAGAAAGUGGAGGAGGGAGGAGAAAGAUGGAGCAAGCCUCAUGUCUCCACACUAACCCUGCACAGCCUGUUUGAGCUCAGGACCUGCCUGCAGACGGGAAGCAUCCUGCUGGACCUGGAGGGAUACUCGCUGCCGCAGAUUGUGGAUGACAUUGUGGAUCGCCAGAUAGCAGAUGGUCUGAUUGGCCCCGAGGUGAAGGAGAAGAUCAGCUACGUGUUGCUCAGGAAGCAUCGUCACCAGACCAAGAAACCCAUCCACCGCUCCUUUGCAGACAUAGGGAAGUCCUCCAACACAGCUUCCAACCGUAGUCCUCAGGUUAAUCUGAGUCGUAGCACUAGUUCAGCCUCUGGGAUCCACCGCUCAACAGAAGACCUACGCUCUCGGCAGUCAAGCAGCCUUGGCCGUCUGCAUCAUGCACAGAGCCGAAGCAUGAAUGAUAUAGCAGACACACCAAGCACGGACCAGCUGAAGAAUAAGUUUAUGAAGAAGAUUCCUCGAGACGCUGAGGCGUCCAAUGUCCUAAUUGGUGAAGUGGAUUUCCUGGACAAACCGUUUGUUUCCUUUGUGCGUUUGGCUCAAGCCACGACUCUGGGAGGCCUCACUGAGGUCCCUGUCCCAACCAGGUUUCUCUUUAUCUUGCUGGGUCCACAUGGCAAAACCAAAUCAUACAAUGAGAUUGGAAGAGCUAUUGCUACACUCAUGGUGGAUGAAUUGUUCAGUGACGUGGCAUAUAAAGCAAGGGACCGUGAAGACCUGAUCGCAGGUGUUGAUGAGUUUCUGGAUGAGGUGAUUGUCCUCCCUCCUGGGGAAUGGGACCCAAAAAUACGCAUCGAGCCUCCCAAGAAAGUUCCAUCAGCAGAAAUGAGGAAGUCAGUGUUGAACCUGAACGAGCUGGGUCAGAUGAAUGGCUCGGCUGGGGGGGCAGGUGGAGGAGAGGAUGAGGAGCUUCCAGCCCCACAUGAGCUUGGAGAGGAACUGGUAUUCACUGGGAGGUUCUGUGGUGGAUUAUGGCUGGAUAUCAAAAGGAAGAUACCCUGGUUUUGCAGUGAUAUCUAUGAUGGCUUCCAUAUCCAGUCCGUCUCUGCUGUGCUCUUCAUCUACCUGGGCUGCAUCACCAAUGCCAUCACCUUUGGAGGGCUGUUAGGAGAUGCCACUGACAACUACCAGGGUGUGAUGGAGAGUUUCCUCGGCACGGCUUUAGCAGGGAUGGUCUUCUGCAUAUUUGGAGGUCAACCUCUCAUCAUUCUCAGCUCUACAGGACCCAUUCUCAUCUUUGAAAAACUGUUGUAUGAAUUCAGCAAGAACAAUAACAUAGACUACAUGGAGCUACGUCUGUGGAUCGGGCUGCACUCUUGUAUACAGUGUCUGCUGCUGGUGGUCACAGACGCCAGCUACAUCAUCAAGUACAUGACCCGCUUCACCGAGGAGGGUUUCUCCAGCCUCAUCUCUUUUAUAUUCAUCUCUGACGCCCUUAAGAAGAUGGUAGGAACCUUCAACUACUACCCAAUCAACCGUGGCUUCAAGCCAGAUUACAUCACAGCCUACAAGUGUGAAUGCAUCGCUCCAGACCAAGCAUUUUUGCUGGGCUUGAAUGUUUCAGCUCCACUAGGAGAUGAUAACAUGACUCUGCUGUUCAACUUGACAGAUGUGGACUGGAGUCAGCUGAGUAAGAAAGAGUGCCAGAAGUAUGGCGGUGCCCUGAUGGGGAACUCCUGUAAGUUCGUCCCUGACCUUGCCCUCAUGUCCUUCAUCCUUUUCUUCGGCACAUACUCCAUGACUGUUUCUCUCAAGAAGUUCAAGUCCAGCCGCUACUUCCCAACCAAGUUUCGUACCCUGAUCAGUGACUUCGCCAUCAUCAUUUCCAUCCUGAUCUUCUGUGGGUUGGACUACCUGCUGGACCUGGACACACCCAAGCUGCAUGUGCCUACUGAGCUCAAGCUGAGGAAGCUAAUCAGUGAUUUUGCCAUCUUCAUGUCAAUCAUGUCCUUUGUGGGUCUGGAUAUGUUGAUGGGGUUAGACACACCCAAACUAAUUGUUCCAACAGAGUUCAAGCCCACACGUUCAGACCGUGGCUGGAUAGUGAUGCCGUUUGGUAAGAACCCAUGGUGGAUGUACCUGGCCAGCUUUGUCCCGGCUCUCCUGGUCACCAUCCUCAUCUUCAUGGACCAGCAGAUUAGUGCUGUCAUCGUCAACCGCAAGGAAAAUAAACUUAAGAAAGGUUGCGGCUACCACUUAGACCUGUUCUGGGUGGGGAUACUGAUGGCUGUGUGUUCCUUCAUGGGGCUGCCCUGGUAUGUAGCAGCCACUGUCAUCUCCAUCGCCCACAUCGACUCUCUGAAGAUGGAGAGUGAGUCCAGCGCUCCCGGUGAACAGCCUCAGUUCCUUGGGGUCCGUGAGCAGAGAUUGACGGGCACAAUGGUGUUUCUUCUGACUGGAGUCUCAGUCUUCCUGGCUCCCAUCCUUAAGUACAUCCCCAUGCCUGUCCUCUAUGGAGUGUUUCUCUACAUGGGAGUGGCCUCACUGAGUGGCAUCCAGUUCUGGGAGCGUAUCAAGCUGUAUCUGAUGCCAGCCAAACACCAGCCUGACUUCUCCUUCCUGCGUCACGUUCCUCUGAGACGCGUCCAUCUCUUCACCCUCGUCCAGAUAGUCUGUCUGGCUGUGCUCUGGAUUCUCAAGUCUACUUUCCUGGCCAUUGUCUUCCCGGUCAUGAUUCUGGGUCUGAUGGUGGUGCGGAAGAUGCUGGAUCUGAUGUUCUCACAGCAUGACUUAGCCUGGCUGGAUGACAUCCUGCCGGAUAAAGACAAGAAGAAGAAGGAGGAUGAGAAGAAGAAGAAGAAAGAGAAGAAGGCGGCCGAGACAGAGAGCGACGAGGAGGAGACAAACCCUUACUCGACAGUCGCUUCCGAUCAAGACGAGCUAGACAACAGCAUUACUCUGCACCUGAAGAUCUGCCCCCCCUCACCCGCCCACUCCCAGAUGAGCCUUGCCCCCGGAGACUCUUCACCAGUCCUGCCGCCAUGCCAGCCUCUGCCCCACAUCAGCAUCCGGGUGGAGUCAGACUGUGACGAGUCUGGUUUCUACCCCAAGCGACAUAGACUUCACCCCCCCAAUAACCUGACACCUGAGAUACACAGAGACUUUUAUCGAAACGCACACACUCAGUUUGGUAACUCCUAUAGGGAGGCCAUUCUGUAAACAGACAGGAGAGAAUUUAUUUUUUAAUUCUGUCAGCUUAAGAGAACUCAGGCAACCCCCAAAACACAGACGCACAGGGCAGAUGCAUAGUGUAGAAGCGUUAUGAUUAUUACUUUCCAUCUGCCUAUCUCUAUGUCAGCUUAGCUUAAUUUUUGAGAGCUUGAACAAUGGUUUAAAUACUGUAGCAUACAUGUCUGCAGUACUUCAAAUGGAAGAGUGACCUCUCUCUUUCUCCUCUUUAAAUUGCCAUUUAAUCACAUGAAUUAUUAUUAUACUAUUAAGUCCCCUACUUAACCUGGGUGUGGCUUCCUGAGAGUAUCUCAGCAAUCAGACCAUCUUAGCCCACAGGAGUAGUGCUGAACACAGAGGUGCUUUAGGAAGCCUCACUUCUUUUAGUAAUUAUAGUUAAAAAGAAACAACCAAAAUAUCUUGAUAAAGGCAUUAAUCUGCUGUGAACAUGUUUUAGACCAAGGCAUCAAUAUUGCUGAUCAUGAUUUGUUUAUUAUUCUAUUGGAUAUUUUUGCUUACUUAUGCCUCUUGCUUGUCUGUGAACAUCUUAAGCAUGGUAGAGAUUGUGAUUUACAUCAUGGUUUAUGUACAUAAAACAUGAGUGAGAAGCUCUCAAAAUGUAAUAAAAUAGCAAUGAAAAUCUCUUUGAA